UUGACAAUAUUUAUUUCCAUUAACGUAUGGUCAUUGGUCACACCAGCGGGCAUAAAAAAAAUAUACCGUAAUUUGGGCAAAAGUGUCGCUAAACCGCCUGUUCUUGCUUUGCGUCAGUGGAAGGUCAGUGUAGCGGUCACCUGCGUCAACAGGUACGCACGAGACCCCUCCUCUUGAUGGCCUUUGGACGGCACCAUGUCUGGCUUAGAAGACUGUCCCAGCGCCAGCGGGAACCCUCCCCCGCCCGAGGUGGCCAAUCCCAAGCGACCGGGGCGCACCACCAACCAGCUGCAGUACCUGGAGAAGGUGGCGCUCAAAGCUCUGUGGCGCCACCAGUUCUCGUGGCCCUUCCGCCAGCCCGUCGACGCCGUGGCGCUGCAUCUCCCAGAUUAUUACACAAUUAUCAAGACUCCCAUGGAUAUGGGGACUAUUAAGAUGCGACUCCAGAACAAAUACUACUGGAAAGCGAUGGAAUGUGUACAAGACUUUAACACCAUGUUCACAAACUGCUACCUGUACAACAAGCCCGGAGAUGACAUCGUUUUCAUGGCGCAGUCGCUGGAGAAGCUCUUUCUGCUUGAAGUUGCCAAAAUGCCCAAGGAUGAAUGUGAAGUCCCGCCUGAAGCCACAAAGGAAGCAGCCAAAAGUAAAAAAAAGAGCAGUGCUGGUUUGUUGAAGAUGAGACCCGUGAUGUCCCAAAUGGUCAUCCAGCACCAGGUGACGGUCAACCAGUCAAACUCUCCCCACCCUGCGUCACCUGUCCAAAUCUCAGCCCAGAUGGAUGAACGAGUCAAAAAACCUUUAAAGAGAAAAUUGGAGGCCGCCCCACCAGCGGUGACAAGCACUGUUAAAGAAGCGCCGACGCCGUGCGCGCUGACCGCGAGGUCGGGCAGCGGGCGACCAAUCAAAGUGCCGAAAAGAGACCUCACAGCCGUGGAGGACAUGCAAGCAAAACUACCUGAGCCGCUUCGCGACUGCGACAAAAUCUUGACGGAGCUGUUCUCCAAGAGGCACUACGCUUACGCUUGGCCCUUUUAUACGCCUGUGGACACUGUGGCGCUGGCGCUGCAUGAUUACUACGACAUCAUCAAGCAGCCCAUGGACCUUGGUACCAUCAAGAAAAAGAUGGAGCAGCGAGAGUACGCCGCCGCCCAGGACUUUGCCGCAGACGUCAGGUUGAUGUUCUCCAACUGCUACAAGUACAACCCUCCUGCGCACGAGGUGGUCUACAUGGCACGGAAGCUGCAGGAGGUUUUCGAAGCACGCUACACCAAACUUUUGCAGGAGCUGGACCAGGGACGUCAACUGGAUAAGCCCAAAGGCAAUCGCGUGGGGAGCGUUUCUUCCUCAACUAGCUCCUCUUCUUCCGAGAGCGAGAGUUCUUCCAACACUGGGAUUUCGGACGAGGUCGCCACACAAUUGGCUAAUCUGGAGGAGAAGCUGAAAGCCGUGACUGACCAGUUGAGGAGACUUGCCGAGGAUCCACUUAGGAAACCCAGAAAAAAGGACAAGCUGAAGGAGAAAAGAUCCAAAGAGAAGCACGUCGCUCGUCUCAAAGACAAAUCACGCAAAUUCAAACCUAUCACGGAGAAAAAAAUCAAGAGUUCUCCUUUAGACGGAAAAGGUAGUACGACGGCGUUACGGGUCAACUCCACAUCGCUGACUUAUGAUGAGAAGCAGCAACUACGACGGGAUUUGGACGCUCUGCCCUCAGACAAGCUGGUGAGCAUCAUCAAAGCCUGCGACGCCCCUUUGAAGUACUCGGCUUCCAAGAAGCUGCAGGUGGACGUGGAGAUGUUGAAGACGUCCACGCAGAGGCGCCUGCAGAGGGUGGUGGCUGAGUGGCGGAGGAAGAAGGAGUUGAAAAAGGUGGGAAAAAGUCUGCCAGCGAUGCAUUCUGGGAAGGUGAAGGCAGCCAGCGAGGCGCUCCCUAAAAUGCAGCUGGGACUGAAGAAGAAGAAAGCCAAGCGUGCCUCGCCAGACUUUAUUUUGCCAUCCAUGCUCAGCAGCAAUGGCAGCAGCUCUUCAAUUACAUCUUCCAGCAGCAGUUCGCCAUCUUCUGAUAGCAGAACCUCAUCUUCUGCGUCCGACAUCCAGAAGAACAUGAAAGCUCCAUGUAAAAAGCUUAAAAAGAAGGCUACCAGUAGCAAACUGACCAGCGGGGGGCGCUCUGGCAACACUUGUCAUACAGCUCCAGCUGCUAAAGCUACGCUAACACAGACCAAACGCUAUUUGGGGAAAGAAAGCAGAACGACGCUGCCGCCAACAGAAUGCUCUCCAUCGGUGUCGCCGAAUACUAUAUUGAUUUGGACCACUUCUGGAUAUAAGGCCCCGUUGCUGUCACCUCUAAAGAAAAGCCCACCACCACCUACAGAAGACAUUAAAUUAGGUCCCAAAUGCGCUGAGGAUGUUCGUGACAGUCAAGUGGCCGAUGUUUCCUCUUCCUCAAACUCUCCAAUCAUAGCGACCCAACUGGAAAAAACACCUCAAAAGGACAUCGUACUGAAAAAUGCCGAUUCGUGGGCCCGGCUGGUGAUGCAAUCGGUGGCGUUCCCUUCCGCCAUUAAAUCAUCUAAAGAGAGCUUUCAACAAUUUCGGAAGGCCGCCAUGGAGAAAGAAGAGCGUGAAAAGGCGCUGAAGAAGAAGCAGCUAGAGGUUCCAGAAAAGAGCUUGUGCAAAAAAUCACCAAGCAAAGAGGACCUCUCGUGUCCGAGCGUGAACACGACGACGCCUAUCCCCAGCAGCAGCAGCAGCAAGCCACCAAUGUCCCCGAAUGACACCCAGGUCGGGAGCACCCUGUCCCCUGUGAGUCGCAUGCGGGAGCUGGCCAGACAGAAGGAGCAGGAGCGUCGCAGACGAGAGGCGAUGUCGUGCAUCGACAUGACCAUGCAGCGGGACAUCAUGGCCACUUUUGAGCUCAGCCUGGACUAAAACCAAAACAACUUGGACCUAAGAACUAAAACGGUCUCAGGGCACUUUCGGCCAUUUUGUGUUCACUUGUAAUGUGUUCAUUCAUUUUCAGGUCUCUGGAAAGUUCCAGGACAUCCAGCGCCGUUUGUUGUUUUCGUAGUGUUUUCUCGCUACGUUUGUGUUAUUGAAUACAAUUGUCAUGUAUGGAAGUGUGCCGUCUGAGUUUGAAUUUCAUCCACUUUUCUUUGGUUUGUUUCUCUACAUCAAAAUUUAUUCUUCGUCAUCGGAUACAACAAAUCUGUUGGAAAUUGUUAGAUUUCAGUGUGAGAUGAAAACUCAGAUGUGCUCCUAUACAUGCACUUUUGUUAUUUUGUUUACACGCCAUUUGCCAGCAACCUUUCCUCAUUCACUGCGUUCUCCUUUGACAUGCACCGCACUUUGUUCCCUCUUCUGUAUUUUCUGCCUUGCAUAGGUUCGAAUGAGGAGAGGCUUGUUUAGGUUUGUUUUCUUUUAUGACUAAAUAAAGAUAUUUUCACUAA